AUGGAUGCAAAAGAUUCUCGAUUGAUGCAGCAGCACCCAAGCGUGAUCGACUUAAACGUGGGCGGGCAAAGUUUCUGCACCAGCGUGGAGACGCUAACCAAGUACCCUGAGUCCAAGCUGGCCGAGUGGUUCAACGGACCCCCGAAACUUCCCAGGGACGCGCGGGGACACUACUUCCUGGACCGCGACGGACAGCACUUCGGGGCCGUUCUGGAGUUCCUCCGGUCCGGGAGACUGCCCGUCCGCGAUAUCCCGCAGGUUCACAAGGAAUCGCUGUACUACAACGUCCAGCUGCUGACUAAGCGAUUGGAGGAAACUCCCGAGUUGUUUGGCGAGUUGGUGGGCAGGCAGAAGUUUCUGGCCAGAGUUCCACACUACAAGGAGAACAUAGAGGUUCUAAUCCGCAUCGCCCGCUCUGAGGCGGUGGCUUCCCGCCGCUCUACCGUGGUGAUCUGCGUUCUGCGGACAGAGGAGGACUUGGCUAGCUUCGACGACGCCUUGAGAAUGCUGCGGGCUAACAAGGAUUCCGUUGUGACGUUCGGACCGUGGAACACGGGGCCCUCAGGCGCCGACUUGCUGGAGUGCGUGAAGAAGGACAUCCGGAGUCAGGGCUACACAGUGGACGUCCAACCUCACGUGGGGGAGAGGAAAUUCCUAGGCCGAAGCAACAACUUUUUCCAUACGAUGACCUUUACCUGGUGGUGA